AUGCGAAGGCCAUCGCGCUUUCAACUGUACAUUUGUUUAUUAUUUCUCAUUAUAUCGAUACCCUUGGCAGGCCACCUUAGAGAUCUUUGCGACCAGUAUCGUGCAAAAGAGUACAUAGUUGAUUGGUUCAGUCUUGAGCGGACCAGUCAAGUGACAAUAUCUUCUCCAGGUCAGACUGGCGACAAGGUGAUCGUGGCUGCGAAGCUACAGGAUGAGCAGACAGAAUGGAUUGAACAAGAACUACCCGACUGGCAACGAGCUAUCUACAUCGUCAACCCAUUACAAGAAGUUGCAGCUGAUGCCCAACAACUUACGACACCCCUUAACAAGGGCCAUGAAUCCAUGGCUUACCUAACAUACCUUAUUGAUCACUAUGAUAGACUCCCUUCCACCAUUGCCUUUAUCCAUUCGCAUCGCUCGGGCUUUCUUCGAGCCUGGCAUGUUGAUGCACCUUUGCAUGAUAAUGUAUGGUCUAUGAGAGCCCUACAGCUGGACUUUGUCCGGCAGAAUGGCUAUGUCAAUCUACGAUGUAACUUGAAUCCAGGGUGCAAGGCCAUAUACCAUCAUGUAACGCGUGAUAUCUUUACGGAAAUCUUCGAAGGCACCAGCACACCGCCACUAAACGGGACUGAUCUUGCGCUUGGAAGUGACAAACCCGCCAUGCAAAUCCCUGACACGGUUGCGGCAGCAUGUUGUGCGCAGUUUGCAGUAUCUCGAGAGCAGGUGCUUCAGCGACCACGCGAAGACUAUAUCAAGAUACGGCAGUGGAUUAUCCACACGCCGCUGGAUGAUGCUCACAGUGGGAGGGUUAUGGAAUAUCUUUGGCAUAUCAUCUUUGGCAAAGAAUCUGUCUAUUGCCCAGAUGAAGAAGUCUGUUACUGCCAGGUAUAUGGGCUAUGUUGA